AUGAACCAGACAUUCUGCGAGAAAUUGGCGAGCGCACCAGGCUUAUUACUACAGCAUAAGGGCUUGUUGGUCCUAGAGACUCGGAUUGUUCUCACGGCGCUUGCAUUAAUCUACGUUGGGUCGUAUGGAUCACUCCGCCGGCCCCAUUCAGCGAAGAUUCCCAAGGCAAGCAAGAAAGAGAAUAAGGAUGAGGAGCGCGACGAUCAGUAUGUUCAAGGCAUGCUGCCGUCGGAUGCCAUAAUGAUUCCCAUUUUGGCUGCAACCGUCCUCACGGGACUUUACUACCUGAUCAAAUGGCUCGAGGACGCCGACACCCUCAACAAAAUCUUCCGAGCGUACUUCUCCACCAUGUCCCUUGCAAGUCUAGGAAAGUUCUUUGCAGAUAGCCUUCAUUUUCUGACAGGCUUCGUUUUCCCCUCAGUUUGGAUCAGUAGAGAUGGAAAAGUUUUUCACAUUGAUCCUGAGAAAAGAGGACAAUGGUAUACCAAGGACGGCGCUAAAGACCGAGUAUGGGACGAUACAAAGAUCUCACCCUUACCAGGCCGCUUUUCUAACCUCAAGCUCUCUGGCGCGACCACAAAGUUUCUCUGGGAGAUUCGUCAUCUCCUAUCCGAAGAUUGGACUGUUAGGCUAGCUAUGCAUGGCGUCGCCAAUGAGAAGAUCAAGGUCAAGGCCUACGAUAUAGUCGGCUUUGUAUUUGCCAUUGGGGCAAAUGUGUUCUACUAUACCACUCCAUCCGUGUUUCUUUCGAACAUCAUGGGCUACGCGUUUUCAUAUGCGGGCAUCAUGAUCAUGUCGCCAACCACAUUUGCUACAGGCAGCGCCGUUCUAUUCAGCCUCUUUAUCUAUGACAUUGUCAUGGUUUUCUACACCCCCUACAUGGUCACCGUCGCAACCAAACUUGAUGCACCCAUCAAACUUGUGUUUGAAGGCCCCACUAGAGCUAGUAUGCUUGGACUUGGCGAUAUUGUUGUCCCAGGCAUAUUCAUCGCUUUGUGUCUGCGCUUCGACCUCUACAUGUACUACUACCGAAAGCAGAAUCUGAAGGAAGUCGAGUUGAGGUCAGAUGACGUAUCUUCAGGCCACCUCGUCACGCAUAAGGGAACACAGCGCAUGGUAGUCAAGCCCGAUUAUAUCAGCCCUCAAGGGCAGUGGGGUGACCGCUUUUGGGGUACUAAGUUUAACAGGUUCUUUUCACCAGAUGUAACCCCAGCGGCCCAAGUAUCUGCAUUCCCAAAACCGUAUUUUUAUGCUUCUAUGGUGGGAUAUUUACUUGCCAUGACAACUACGUUGGUGAUGCUCCUGGUCUUUCAGCACGCUCAACCGGCCUUGCUCUACAUAGUUCCUGGGGUCGUCGCAUCCGUCUGGCUCACUGGUCUUGUGAGGGGUGAGAUUCGACAAAUGUGGAACUUCACCGAGGAUGGCAGUCUUGACAAAGUUGAUGUGCUAGUAGAGGUUGAUGGAAAUGGGAAUGUUAUCAAGGAGAUCCGAGAAGAAGAAGACAAGGAUAAAGAAAAGGAGAAGGGUGAGAAGGAUGACACGAAGAAUGAUGGAGAUGAGAAGAUUGCCGAGGCAGAUGAUAAGCCCAACCAUGAGGCCAUAACAACAAAGAAAGUCCCUGUCUUUCUUUUAUCUCUUGAAGCGCCUGCUCCUCGCCAAUAA